AUGGAUAAUGAUUAUAAAACAGACUCACCUACUUGGUCAGCAAAGACUUUAGUCGAAAUAAAUGUAGAACCUAUAGAAAAUAUCGAAGCAGAGCAAUCUCUUCAGUUUUUAUAUCAAAAGGCCACAGAAACAUAUGAUGAAGGAAAAAAUAUGCCAUGUAUUUCAUAUUUGCAUCAAAUACUAUUAAUGUUAGAAGAAGGAAAUGUUGAAACUAAGGAAUUUGCAUUUGAAUUCUGUCAAAAAAUGAUUUAUAAUACAAUAAUUCAAGAAUCAUAUCAGCAAAUGCAGAUCUUAGGUAUGGGAAUAUACGUUAAACUUGUUCAAUGUGGAAAUUAUUUAGAAAUUGAUCCUGAUGGAUUACUUGAAGCAGUUAGAAAAUUAAUUUAUAGUAACUCGAACGAAAUCGUGAAUACAUGUUGGAACUUUUUAAUUGCACUGUUCAAAUCCAAUAAAUUAGCCAUUAUUUUAUUUGUUGAAAAUGAUGGAACAUCUUUUGCUGUACAGAGUUAUUUAUCUUGCGAUAUACCUGAAAUCAAGAACUGUAUUGCAUAUGUUAUAUGCUUACUUCUCAAAAAAAUUCCAGAUUUUCCAACUUUUGAAACUUCUGACAUUUUAUUUGCUUUGAAGCCACAAAUAAUGCAAACAUGUUAUUUUCCAAAGUUUUGUCGUCGUAUUUUGGACUAUAGUAUAUCCUCAGUUAAUGAUUUUUUUAAAUAUGGUUAUGAAGAGCUUGUUUAUAUUGAACUUGAAAAAUUAGAACAAGCAAUUGAAGAGCAAGAGAACCAAUAUAUCGAAAACCAAGAAGAAGUCGCAAAUAUUUUCCUAGAUUUAUGUAAUCGCAUUGUCAAAAUUCAGGAUGGCCAAAUAGGAUAUAAAAAGUAUCCAAUAAAUGCAAUUUUUUACUUUGCAAUGAAUGGUACACCUCUUUUGAUUGAUACUGCUUAUGAAUUUUUCGAUUCUUACAUCACAGUAUAUAAAUCAGAUGCUGUUACAUGUAUGUCAAACAAAAAGAUACUUAGGGCCAUAACACAAAAGAUGGAAGAUGUUCAGUUCUCUUCACGUCAGAAAAAUGCUUAUAUUUUCAUGAAAAGUUUAAUUAUGUCCUCUACGCGUCAAAUGAUAGGAUUGAUGAACAUAUUUGAUGAAAGGAUAACUGAUUUUAUCGAAUUGGCUCCAAGUGCUGGUGAUGAUUAUUUGAAUGCAUUAAAUCAGCUUAUAUUGCAGAUUAUUAACAUAGAGGAUGGACAACAAGGUAACACAUAUUUUACAGAUAUAUUCCUUGAUCAAUUUGAAAAAUUGCAAGAAAUCGCAGAAGAUUCGGAAAAAGAUCUACUAGAUCUGGCACUUGAAAAGUUAGGAGAAAUCUUUAAUAGUAGAGAAGAAGCUAAUUCUAAUAAUUAA